AAGAAAUACAUGAGGGCGCAUCAUGAUGCUGCAAUUACAUCAGUGUUUCUCAGUUUGAAUCUAAAUUUUCAAAAUAUCGUAUAAAAUACGUAAACAUUUCAAAAACAAAUUAAUAAGAAAAUGGCUGAUGAACGAAAUUUUCGUUCUUCCUAUUAUGAAAAGGUGGGGUUUCGUAGUGUUGAGGAAAAAAGAUCCUUGGAAAUAUUACUGAAAGAACGUCCCUUUGAUAAAGCGAAAUUGAAACAAUUUUGUUUGCGAUUUACAGUACCAACAAUAUACAGAAAUUUUUUGUGGAAAAUAUUGCUGGACGUAAUUCCAGUUUAUGUAGACAGUCAUGAGUUUAUAAUGAAUCAAAGAAAGGCAGAAUUCCAGGAUUUACAAAAAGCUCUAAAAGUUACCAAGAUUCUGGAUGAUUAUACAAAGCCACAUUUAAUGUUUCUUACAAUGUGGUUGUUACGCAAUAGAAGAGCGAAACUUGACAUGAGUGCUCAGCUAGAAAUUCCUCUCCAUAGUCAUUUCAGAGCUAUGAGUAGAAUGGCUGAAACCUUAUGGCACAUUAUAGAUAUCGAUUCCAACGAAGAAAAGCUUGUAGACACGUACUGGAUACUGUGUGGCCUUCUAGAUCAAGUGCAAAAAUUUCACAAGGAGGUCAAUAGGUUGCAAGAAUGCACAUGUACUUUAUUAGAAAAAGAAGAUCCAGAACUUUAUAAACAUCUCGUUGAGAUUGAAGCACUUCAUAACAUACCAUACGAUGUUUGGUUUUGUUCAUGUUUUGCAGGAACCAUAUCUGAUGGUUCUAUAGUAAAAAUUUGGGACAAAAUAGCUGUGGGUGCACACAGAAUUUUAAUUUUUGUUACUGUAGUAACAUUAACAACUUUAAGGAGGCUUUUACUGCGAUGUGAAAACAUAGAUAGUAUAUUGGAUACUAUUAGCAAUAUACCAGAAGAGAGUUCAGAGGUAAUUGUCAAUAAGGCAAUUGAAUCUUGGCAGCAAAGUGGUACGACAUUGACAACUAUUUCCCAAACUGUUUAAGGAAAGCUAAAGUAAUAUUAAUAUAUAUUUUUGUUCAAAAAAAUGUAAAUAUGUAAAUAAAUCCUCGUGUAAUAUGUGAAAAUUUAUAUUUGUAGAACAUGUGUUCUUGUAUCUUAAAAAUAAUUAUUUUUAUUAAUGCAUUCGUCAUACAUUUUACAUAUACAAUUACUUAAUUUAUUGAGGUGUUAAGUCUUAAAUUGGACUUUAUAUUCCUAAUAUUGUGAUUCUUUUGUUUCCUCUCUUUGCAAUGUUAUAUUACAACAGUGUUAAUGUACUCCAGUGUAUAAGAGCAAGUUAAUAAAUAAUUUUUAACUCAGGCAA